AUGGCUCCGCUCCCAGCAAACGGCAGCGCAGACGGAGCCAGUGAGGCUUCCCCGCUGCUGCCUCCCCCCUCGGCCGGUUCUCUGGCCAUUUUCUCCAUCACCUUCCUCUUGGGCUUCCCUGGGAACGGCCUGGUCAUCUGGGCGAUCGCCCUGAAGAUGAAGCGGACGGUCAACACGGUCUGGUUCCUGCACUUGGCAAUCGCCGACUUCGUCUGCUGCCUCUCCUUGCCCUUCUCCAUCGCCCAGCUGGCCCUCGGGGAGCGCUGGCCCUUCGGCUGGCUCCUCUGCAAGGUUCUCCCCUCGGCCGUCAUUUUCAACAUGUUUGCCAGCGUCUUCCUCCUCACCGCCAUCAGCCUUGACCGGUGCCUCCUGGUGACCAAACCCGUCUGGUGCCAGAAUCACCGGACGGCCAGGCUGGCGUCCGCCAUCUGCGGUGUUAUCUGGGUCCUCGCCUUCCUUCUGUGCUGCCCUUCCUUCUUCUACCGGGAUACCCUGGAGGAUGAAUCUGGCAACACCAGGUGCAUCAACAACUGGGGGACAACGGGGGGACACGAGGAUUACCAGUGGGUCGAUGAUCUGUGGGACCCAGAAGACGCCGUCCUCUUGCCCACCGAAAGCGCCUACGACGGUCUCUUCCCAGGUGGGAACCCCGACCCACAGCCCUCCUACCACCCCACUGUCAGCACAGCCAGAGGGUUGGGGCUAUUGCACCCUUCUGCAAACAAGACAGGGGCAGAGUUGACGAGGAGGAGGAGGCCAGUUACGGUGGCUCCUUUCACGCUGCACGGGUUUCCCGGGGUCCAUCCGAGUUUUUCCACGGCCAGCAUUCCCCAGUUCCAGGACCAACCGGCCGAUUAUUUCCCUGAAGCCCAACCGCCCGGCGUCUUUGUGUCCACCACCGUCGCCAGAGCCGUCUUGGGCUUCCUGCUGCCUUUUGCGGUCAUGGCCGCGUGCUACGCCCUGAUUGCCCGGAAGAUGCUGGCCAAGGUCUUUGCGGGGCCUCGCCGGAGGGCCCUGCAGCUGAUCCUGCUGGUGGUGGCCACUUUCUUCCUCUGCUGGGCCCCCUACCACGUCACCGGGGUGCUCUUCCUCCUGGCGCCUCCCCAGAGCUCCCUUCACCAGGCCCUGCUGUGGUGGGACAGCGUCUCCGUGGCCCUGGCUUACGCCAACAGCUGCCUCAACCCUCUCCUCUACGUCUUCGUGGGACGGCAGUUCAGGAGGAAGGUCUGCCAGACGGUGCAGGAGGUGCUGGAGGGGGCCUUUGCUGAGGGCGCCUCCUCGCCCGUCUCUUCCCAGGACAAGCGGCAGACCACCACGAUGGACGACGAGGUGGACGCUUCGGCCCUCUAACGCGCAGCUCUUCCGGGCAGCCAAAGCUUCGGGGAAACCUCUAGCCAAGCGAGGGAGGGGAGGCCGGCUGGGCCUGCAACCUGCACUACUCCCGCUCACCUUUUGCGCUUGUUUUACCCCGGUUAUUUUAA